GAAGCAGCAAAGCCAGGGGAAUGUUUUGGCAGUUGUUAGAUAUGCAGGGGGUUAGCUCUGGUGAGCAGAAGGCAUUCUGAACCUUCUCAGAGCACCUCUGCAUACAUGCCAACUGCCCCUCGUUCUGUUCUAGCCCCUGAUGGUGGCGAGGGCAGUGGUGGAGCCGCUACAGCUGCUUCUGGAGGAGACAAAUGAUCUAGAUUCAUUUCAGUCUGGUUUCGCAUCUGGGUUUGGGACUGAACCAGCCUUUGUUGCCUUUAUGGAUGACCUUUAUCAAGAAAAAGGAUCAGAAAAGGAAUUACCUCAGGAUCAACAGGGAAGUGCCAUGGAGCAUCGGGGCUCAGACAUGGCCAAACGUCUGGCCACGCUACUCUCAGGUCUAGUGGAAUGCAUGUGCUUUGCAGGUGUCAUUUUUGGAUGGGCAUCCCUGGUGUUUGUCCUCAAGGAUAUGCACUACUUUGAGGAUCUGUGUAUGUCUGCAGCUGCCAAUCAAACAAGCAAUGCCACAGACUGCAGCGCUCAGGAUGAGCAGUUUUCCCUCGUCUUCACCAUUGGUUCCUUCAUGAACAACUUCAUGACCUUCCCAACAGGCUACAUCUUUGACCGCUUUGGUACCACAGCAGCACGUCUACUUGCCAUAUCUGUCUACACCACUGGUACUCUCCUCGUUGCAUUUUCCUCAGCAGCCACUGCGCUGAUGAUGUUCCCAGCAGUGACGUUUCUCUCUGUCGGUGGGAUCCUCUUUAUCCUCACCAACAUGCAGGUUGGGAAUCUGUUUGGAAAACACCGCUCAACCAUUAUUACCCUCUACAACGGGGCCUUUGACUCUUCCUCUGCAGUUUUUCUUGUCAUCAAGCUGCUGUAUGAACAAGGCCUCUCGCUGAGAACCAUGUUCCUCUUCAUGUCUGCUUGCAGUGCCUGGCACUUGAUCCGUACUUUCUUUCUGAUGCCCCGCAGCCAUAUUCCGUAUCCACUGCCCCCAGGAUAUACAUAUGGAGUGAGUUGUCACAAGAGGUCCCGUUCAUAUCGCACCUAUGAGGAACAACGUUGCCCCAAAGUCCUGGAUGAGAAUGAUGCGGAGGCCUCGGAUAACCUGCAUGCUGACCCAGCACUUGAAGAAAAUUCCACCAACAAAGGGUUUGUUGGCAAAGGAGAUGCUGAGACUGCAGCAAACCUCAAGGCUCCAGCUGUUGUUUCCUUCUGGAGCUGUGUCUUCUCCAAACUGUUUUUUUGGCAUCUGGUGUGGCUGUCGGUGAUGCAGCUGCGCCACUAUCUCUUCAUAGGCACCCUCAACCCCAUGCUGACACAGCUGGCCGCAGGAGACCCCACCCUUGUGAGCAGCUACACCAAUGCUUUUGCCUUCACCCAGUUCUGUGGAGUCAUCUGUGCCCCCUGGAAUGGGCUUAUCCUGGACCGUCACAAACGUGGACAUAAAAAGGAAGGGAGUUCGCAAGGGGUGCCCGAUUCCCUUGCGGACCUGCGUUCCUGUGUGCUGUCACUGGUCAUCACAGUGCUGCAGUGCGUGGCCUUCUCAAUUUGUGCCUCUAUUCCGGUGCUGCCUGUGCAGUACGCCACGUUUAUCCUGCAGGUUCUGAGCCGCUCCUUCCUCUACGGGGGCAAUGCUGCCUUCUUAGCCAUUGCCUUCCCCUUGGAACACUUUGGGAAACUUUACGGUCUGGUGAUGGGGCUCUCGGCCGUGGUGUCUCUCCUGCAAUACCCCUGUUUCUCGCUCAUCAGGGGCCCACUCAACGGAGAUCCCUUUUAUGUGAAUAUUGGUCUCAUAGUCCUAAUAUUUCUGGCUUUGGUCAACCCAGUGAUGGUGUGGUUGGAGUGCAAGCGGCGGCAGAAGGAACAGCACAUCGCAGGCUCCCCAACCUUAACUGCAGGCAAGAAGGAAGGCCUAGAGUCUUCUAUCUGAGCCCUCCACUGUGUAGACUUUGGGAGUCUCUCCUAUCAAAAGGGAACCUUAAGAAGAUUUGAAAAGGGAACUGGGGAAGAAGCCUCCUCUCUCUCUCUGAGCUUCAUUCCCAGCAAAAUCUGGUCACAGUCCAACACAGCCAGGUGUGCUUAAGUCCCUUGAAACAAAUGGACUUAAAUGUAUCUGUGUUACCAAACCACAGUUUAUUGCUCCCUCUCUCUGGAGUGUUUUUUCUAGGAAUCAAACCUAUAUUGUACCUUCCUAGUGUGGGAAUUUAGGUUGUAUUUCACUUACAUUUAUUUUGUUUAAUGACAGAGCUAUAUUUUUUUGUGAAUCAUACAAACAA